AUGGAUAACAAAAGACCGGUGUCAGUGUUGACAGAUGGGGAUAUGGCCAUGCAUGAGGCAAUACAAAAAGUCUUCCCAAGUGCCAAGCAUUGUCUAUGUAAUUGGCAUAUGCACAGAAAUGCCAAGCGAAAUGUUCGAGUCGAUGGAUUCGAGGGACAUUUCAAGCAUCUCAUGGAUCUUGAUGCGAAUGAGGUUGUAUUUGAGGAAGCUUGGAGUAAGAUGGUUAGAAAAUAUGGCCUUCAAAAUAACAAGUGGGUAUCAGACACCUACAACAACAAAGGCAUGUGGGCUUACUCAUAUUUGCGUGGUCAGUUUUUUGCUGGAAUGAAGAGCAGUCAGCGUUGUGAGGGUAUGCAUGCUUUUUUCAAUGAGCGCCUCAAACGAAAAUUGAAACUAUUCGAAUUUGUUAGAUGUUUUGACAUGGCCCUUUAUCGAUUACGGAACAAAGAAGCGGAUGCUGAGGCAAAAACUGACAACAAUGAUCCUUGUCUUACCACAUCACUUCAGCCUCUAGAGAAACAUGCAGCAACCAUCUUUACCAGACGUUUGUUCUUUAUGUUCUGUAAUGAAAUAAUUGAGGAAGCAUUGUUGAUUUUUGAUGGAAGGAAAGAGGAGUUCGAUCAUCGCAUAUACAAAUUUUCAAAGUACACUAAAUUUGGUUCCACAUGGGAAGUGUCAUACCAUCCCGCAACUAGCAUAAUGAAAUGUAGUUGCAAAAAGUUUGAGUUCUUUGGACUUCCUUGCAGCCACAUGAUUUCUGUGAUGAAAUGUGAACACAUGACUGAAAUUCCCCCAAGUUGUGUGAUGCAUCGUUGGACAAAGCAAGCAAGAAAGGUUGGUGAACAACAUUGCCAAGCCCAAUUCUCUAGCACUCUCACACAGGAGACACGUUUUGGGGUUCUUUGCUCUUCUUUUACUGAAAUGUGUUACUAUGCCUCACAAACAUCUGAAGGAUUUGAAGAGGCUAGGAAUGCAUUUUUCACUAUGACAUGUCGGAUGAAGUAG